GUGGUUAAAGCUCAUUUGCCGCUAACUUACCACAAGGGUUACAGCUGAUUGUCAGAUAAGUGCACAAAUAUUAAAGACUGCAUUAGAAUUCAUACUUUCAAGCAUAUUAUAAAUUGGAAUUUUUAUAAUUAUGUCAAAAAUAGUAGUGGCCAAUGAAUCGCAGGUUAUCGAGCGACUGACUAGUGAAAUUUCAAAGUGCGCCCAACAGGCAAUCGCGAACAAUGGAGUUUUUCGCGUUGGACUCUCAGGUGGCUCCGUACUUAACUUCUUAUGUAAGGCUGUUCCACACACCAAUUCAGACCUGAGCAAAUGGAAACUCUUCUUCUGUGAUGAACGAUACGUUGACGAAACCGAUCCGGAAUCUACGUACGGUGCUUACAAAUCCAAACUGGUGCCGCAAACCAAUUUACAAUUACAACAAUUUGUACCCAUUAACAUUGGUUUACCACUAGAUGAGUGUGCCGCUGAAUAUGAGCGCAAGCUAAGGAAAGAGUUUGGGCGAAGCACUGAUGGCAUUCCUGAAUUCGAUUUAUUGCUCCUGGGUAUGGGACCUGAUGGACACACCUGCUCUCUAUUUCCAAAUCAUGCAUUGCUUAAAGAGAAGACACUUCUAAUCGCACCUAUCGCAGAUUCACCUAAGCCGCCGCCGCAGCGGGUUACCAUGACCUUUCCACUUAUCAACAAUGCCAAGUGCUGUAUUUUUGCAAUGUGUGGCUCAGGGAAAGCAGAAAUGGUUAAAAGAGUUUUCGAGGACAAAGAGGACCUACCAGCUGGCAGAGUUUUGCCAAAGAAUGGUGAAUUGAUUGUUAUCCUCGAUGCCGAAGCCGGGAAAUAUGUUCAAUAGCUUUAAUAGCUAAACUGCAAUCUGUAUACAAUACAUACACUUUAUCAAGAAAGUGUUUUCACUUAGUAAAAUAUUCAGAUUAGAAAGCCGUUCAAAGCUAUGUAUAUUAUUAACUUAUGUAUUUACCAUGUUGUUAUAACAGUAAUCACUGAAUUUCCACCGAAGCAAGUACAUAAGUUAAUGAUAUGAAAAUCGUUGGUGUUCGUUAAAUAAAGAGGAAAAAUCAGGAUAUCUUACUAUGGGAAAACACCCUUUUGAGAAACUACAUAAUAUGUAUAUGUGCAUAGUAUAUAUAGGAGUACAUAUUCUUGAAUGAACGAACCUAUUUCCCAUUACACGUAUACGAAGAAGUUUAUUAAAUAGGUUGUGCCUUGCAUUUAAUAAAUAUUGUAGUAUAUCUUCAAUAAAAUACUCGUACAAUAGUAAACGUAA